GUCCUUUCAUUAUCCGUCGUCGCGACAACCCACAAUUGGUGACCCGAACUACCCUGCUGAUCCAACUGCAUGCCCUCCGCUCAUCGCUUUUGCCAUGCAGGAUUCCUCGUCCACCAGCAACGUCAGUCGCGUCGCUGUGAGACUACAGCCAUUUUGGCCUGCGAACCCUACCAUCUGGUUCGUACAGGUCGAAUGCUAAUUGCAGGUUGCUGGCAUCACCACGCAAGUGAGGAAGUAUGAGCACGUCAUUCCCGUCCUUCCACCCGAGAUAGCUUCUGAUGUGACCGACAUUCUCUGUGCUCCGUCGGGCCCUACGCCCUACGGCACACUUAAGGCUGCUAUCAUGCAGCGCACCAUGGCAUCCGACCGGAAGCGUUUCCAACAGCUUCUCUCCGUUGAAGAUCUCGGAGACCGGCGACCAUCCCAAUUUCUACGGCAUAUGUAGAGCCUGCUCGGUGACCGCUCCCACACUUUUGACGAAGCACUCCUCAAGGAGCUAUUCUUACAGCGCCUUCCAUCUACCGUGCAGAUGAUACUGGCCACUGCAACCAACCUUUCGCUCACAGAGCUGGCGCUUCAUGCGGACAAGAUUCUGGAAGUGGCGCAGCCUUCACUAGCCGUCAUGCAGGCCACCCUUCCGAUGCCCUCUCACGUGACUGCACCCUGCACUUCGGUGACUGCCCCUCCGCCAGACUUGUACAUAACGGUAACGUGCCCUGUCUGCCCUCCGCCUUCCUUCCGUCCUCCCGAGCCAACAAGCGAAAUUGCCGCUCUUCGAGAAGACGUUCACGAGCUCCGUGCCCUCAUCGCCUCGACGCAGUCGAACCGUGGCCGUUUCUCGAAGGUCCAUAUUGACAUAGUUGGACCCCCGCCCCUCUCUGACCGUCAUCGCUACCUUCUAACAUGCGUCGACAGAUUCACCAGAUGGCCUGAAGCAGCACCCAUGCAGGACAGCACAGCUGAAACUGUCGCAGCGACUUUUCUUCAAACGUGGAUUACCCGAUUCGGUGUGCCAGAAGAAAACUUCACCGACCGGGGCCCGCAAUUUGAAAGCCGACUUUUCACUGCCUUCACCACCCUUCUUGGCACGAAGCGUUUGCGCACGACGGCUUACCAUCCGGCGUAUAACGGCCUGGUAGAAAGAUUCCACCGGCACCUCAAGCAGACACUUAUGGCCCAUUUGGACGGUUCCAGCUGGACCGAGCACCUGUCAUUGGUGCUCCUCGGAAUCAGCUGCCGUGAAGCACGACCUCGGCUGCUCGUCAGCAGAGCUUGUGUACGGCACGUCCAUCCGGCUUCCUGCCGACAUUUUCAACCAUCGGCCAUCUUCGCAACCAUCACCCCUAGCCCCACCAGACUACGCCCAACGCUUAAAGGCUGCUCUCUCCCGGCUGCGCCCCACACCUACGAGAGCUGUUUCCUCCUCUUCCCCGUACGUCGCCCAGGACCUCACUAGCUCCUCCCACGUAUUCCUGCGCACCGACUCCACCCGGCGCUCUCUCCAGCCCCCUUAUUCCGGCCCCCACAAGGUCAUCCACCGGGGUGCAAAAGCCUUUGCAUUCGACGUCAACGGUUGCGAGGUAGUCGUGUCGAUCGACCGGCUUAAACCCGCUAACGUGGAAGCAACCAGCUCUGCCUUUUGUCAUCCCACCCUCCUUCCGCCAGACGUCCCCCCUGAGCCAGAGCGCCGGCUGCCCAAACCGCACCUGGGCCGAGCCUAGGACACCGGCCGUUUCCUUCACCUGUUCAUCCUUCACGCUUCACCCAUCUCGAAGGGGGGGAAGUAGCUGUAGUGGCACGGUAUCCCAAGGAAGAUGAGGAAUGCCGUGUGCGUACGCACCACCCGCACCCAAGCUUCGCUC